GUGGUAUAUAUGUUUCCUCUCCUACUCGAUUCAUAUAAUUUAGGGUUUAUUUUCUUUCUUGUGAAUCUGACUCCUGUGUAAGGGACUAUAUAUGAGUGAUUGGUUCCUUUUGGUUGAGGCUGCGAAAAAAGUUAGCAGAGGGAAAGAUGGAUGAAAUGGACAAGCGUAUAGAUGACAAGCUUAAGCAACACGAGGAAUUCAUGCAUGAUGUUAAACCCACGCAUGUUCAACAGCCUGAUUCCUGCAGUGAUCACAUGAAUAUGACCAUGAAGAAGGUCCAAGGGAAGAUCACAAGUACAGUCGGUAUUGCAAUGGCAGAGGACGAAUAUAUCUCCUUGUUGAGAGACGAGACGAUAUAUCACACUCUUGUGGAUGCUUCAAGGCAAGCUGCUGAAAUCCAGAAUGUUACUGACAGAUGGAACGAUAUGCCACCUGCGUUGAAGACAAUUCGAGACGCCGAUAUUUGAUAAAGGUCGGAUGUUAAUUGCGAAAGAAGCGCAACAACGACAGAGAAGCCAAGAACUUGAAGCCCUAGGGAUAGAGAUUGCAGAACUUCAUCAACGCAAGGGGACUCUCACUUUAGAGGCAUCGGAUUUGGAAAAAAAAUCGGAGGAUUCUCAGCAGCAAUUAAACACACUUCAGGAAC